GCGCGAUUUCAAAACAGCGCGUCAUUUGUUACGCGUGUAAAUAAAAGGUUUUUUUUUCUUUACUCCUUUAUCUUUGUAACCAAGCGAAAUGAUAUCUGAUCAACUAAGAACAAAGCAAGGGCCUUUAGCUCGUGUUUGGCUUGCUUCUCACUGGGAAAAGAAGAUCUCCAAAUCACAAUUCUUGCAAACUAACCUCGAAAAGACGAUUGAAACCAUCACUACCAACCAAGACGAAGAACCCUUGACUUUGCGUGUUUCUGGUCAAUUGCUGCUUGGUGUUGUUCGUAUCUAUUCAAGAAAGACAAGAUAUCUUUUAGAAGACUGUAACGAAGCUCUUACAAAGAUCAAAUUAGCUUUCAAGAAAGGUGAAGUGAACAUGCCUGAUAUUCAUCAUUCUAUUGCCAAUGUCAAUACAAUCACUUUGCAAGAUAAGUUGACUGAAUUUGAUAUCUUGCUUCCUGAUCUUCCCUUUCAUGCCAAUGUGCCUGCUAGCGAAUACGAUCCUAUUUUUGAUAGUCUUGGUGACAUUUCCAUGUCUCAAGACAUCAAUUUAAAUGAUUUGAGUAGUUUUAACUUUGGCAAUUAUGACACUGAACGUGGCCUUAAUGCCGGUAUUGAAGUGGGCCGUCGUGAUAAUGAGGCAGGUCUUACCGAUACUGGCUUUGACAUGGAUGCCAUUGCUGAUCCUAUGAAAGACAUGAACUUGAAUGACAACCUUGGCGGUAUUGGUGAUGAUGGUGUUAAUUUCGAUUUCGAUUUGAAUGAUGGUGCUGACUAUGGUGAUGAUAUGAAUGCUGAACCAGCUCAAUUUGAUUUACCAGCUCUUCCUACUGACUCCCUUGAUAAUUUGAUGGAAGUUGGUAUUGUAGAAGAUGACAACAUGUUUGGUAUUGAUGAAUUAUCAACUGAACCCACUGUACGCAGAAGAAAAAGAUUGGUGGUUGACAAAGUAACAGAAAUCUCUCAAGAAGAUCUUCGUAGAUACACACUUGAUACAAGUGCUAUUAUCUCUACCACUGCUAAUCUUGCUGGUGUCACAAAGCAAAAGACUACUGUCAAUAUCACAAAGCCAUUUGGUGAUGUACUUGGUUCUGAAUUGAAUAACCUGUUCUCUGGAUUAAACCGUAAGCGUCGUGCUUCUGGUAUGAUCAGUAAUUUGCCCAAGGAACCUCGUCUUGGUGAUGUUUUUACUUCUGGCGCUGGUGAUGCCUUCAACUUUGAUGAUGAUGGCUAUGACUUUGGUGGAGAUGCUGGUAUCAAUGAAGAUGCUUUGAAACAAUUCGAUAAAAACAAUGGUUCUGAUUUCAGCGAUUAUGAUCCCUUCAUGGCUCAAAACACACAGACAUUCAACUCAAGCACUCGUGCCACUUUGGAGAACAUUGAAAACCAACUCACGACUCAAAACUUUGUAAAUUUCAAUGAAUUGGCUAUGCCUUCUAUCAGUAAGAAGUCCGAAGCUGCUCGUAUGUUUUAUGAUGUCUUGCUGUUGUCCACUAAAGAUAAGAUCAAGGUUAAGCAAGAUCGUCCUUUUGGUGAAAUUCAAAUCAGUGCUCCUACUGCUACUGUUUAUUAAAUUAUAUCGUUUUUUAUUUUAUUUUAUCUUUCUAUAGCAUUUUCUUUCUCUUUAAGCAAUAAACAAUUCCCGUCUUUAUUGUUUUGUCAAAAUAAAAUUGUUGCUUAAAAGUA